ACGUUCAUUGGACCAAUGGAUAUGGAGGGGGCGGAGUCUGCGGCAAAUGAACAAGCAGCGAUCUGCGGCGCUGAAGGAGAGCAGCAGAGAGAGACCGCACACAUCCAUCUCUUUAUCCACCACCUAACACCGUUUAUCGGUUGGUCACAUGCCAGAGCACAGCAGAGGAAAGGACAGUGCACAGCAGGAUGCGGCACUAAUUUUCUGGCUGCUGCCCAUUGUUGUUGGUGUUGACACUCAGUUAUCUGUGGUCUGUGCUGCGAUGUUGAUCCUGGACGUUUUGUCCCCGCUCCUCCUCCUCUCCAUCCUGUUGCCGCGCUACGGUUGCCGGGCGGCGGACAUUCCGGAGGACACUACAUCAGAGUUCUCGGUCAGACUGUACCACCAGCUGCAGGCGGCGGGGGAUCAGGAUAACAUAAUUUUCUCGCCACUGAGCAUGGCUGUGGCCCUGGGCAUGGUGGAGCUGGGAGCCAGGGGGGCUUCACUGGAAGAGAUACGACAGGCUGUAGGAUUCAGCCACCUGCUGCCAGGCGUGGAGUUCUCUUUGCUCCAGAACCUGACGGCGGCUCUGUCAGACGACGACACCAACUACGUGAUCCGAUUUGCCAACAGCCUCUUCCUGCAGGAAGGUGUCACCUUUAACCCGGAGUUUCUGCAUCUGAUGAGGAAGUACUUCCGGGCUGACGUGGAAACAGUAGACUUCAGCGAAUCAGCAGCCGUGGCCGAGCAGAUCAACAGCUGGGUGGAAAAUCAUACCGAGAGUAAGAUCCGUGAGCUGCUGUCGGCCGAGGACUUCAGCAGCGUGACCCGCCUGACGCUGGUGAACGCCGUCUAUUUCAGAGGCUCCUGGAAAAACCAGUUCAGGCCAGAGAACACCAGAACCUUCUCCUUCAGCAGAGACGACGGCUCUGAAGUCCAGACGCUCAUGAUGUACCAACAGGGAGACUUCUACUACGGUGAGUUCAGCGAUGGCUCACCGGAAGCUGGCGGUGUGUACCAGGUGUUGGAGAUGCCCUAUGAGGGGGAGGACAUGUCUAUGAUGAUCGUUCUGCCUCGGCAAGAGGUACCACUGGCUGCCCUGGAGCCCAUCAUCAAAGCACCGCUGCUGGAGGAGUGGGCUAACAAUGUCAAAAGGCAGAAGGUGGAAGUCUACUUACCUAGGUUCAAAGUGGAGCAGAAGAUCGACCUGAGGAGUACUCUGCAGGAGCUAGGAAUAAAGAACAUCUUCACCAAAGAUGCUGAUCUCUCCGCCAUGACAGAUGGUAAGGACCUGUACAUUGGGAAGGCAGUGCAGAAGGCUUACCUGGAGGUGACCGAGGAAGGAUCAGAGGGAGCCGUUGGGUCGGGAAUGAUCGCCCUGACCAGGACUCUGGUGCUGUACCCACAGGUCAUGGCUGAUCACCCGUUCUUCUUUGUCAUUAGAAACCGGAGGACAGGGUCCAUCCUCUUCAUGGGCAGGGUCAUGACCCCUGAAGUCAUCGAGCCCAACGACCAUGACUUUGACUCCAUGUAACCAUGGCGCGAGGUGGCUCAGCCAAUCAGAUCCUGACAUCAUAAACGCUACCUAUCCUCUAUCGCCAUCUUCAGCUGUGUUUUAUACUCUUGAAAAAGAUAUAUAAACUGAAUACUAUACGAUAUAUUAUAUAUUGAAAUAUGACAUACUGACAUAUAAUGUGACUGUGUUUUGAUACUGGAAGCUUUAAACUCUUGGAUACAGAUGGAAAGAAGAACACAUAAUAUGUAGUCCACGCACAACCCCUUUAAGUUCAGCAGCUUCGUACUCAAUUGCGCCCACGCACUCGAUGCACAAAAGCAGUUUUCUCUCUACUUCUUCAAAACAUAUUUACUCUUUCUUACUCCAGAUACAGUAUGUGCACACUGUACGUUCCACACUUUAAUUACAUCCCUGUACAUUUGACAUUGUGUUCUAUAUAUACAUAUAUAUGCUCAGUAUUUAUUGCAGAAUAACUAUGUGCAAACAUUUUGUCCUUACACAAUGAAUCUUAGUAAUAUAUAUCUGCUCCAGACAGUAUUCGAGUCAUUUUUUACACAGUAGGCACAUGGCUAAUCUGCUGAUGAACUAAUAUGCCUUAUCACAUCUGAGUGGUUGAUUAAGCCCCAGCUGGGCAUCUCACAGGUGAGCAGAGGGGACUGUGUAACUAAGGCGGGUUGCUAUAGAGACGGACUGGAGCAUGCAGGCGCACUGAAAAAGAUCUGCUGCACCGUUUUGGAUGUACAUACAGGGAGAAACAGUAACACCAGCUGUAUUCAGUCUUUUACUCAAUAAAAACAUGAAUGUGUUCCCAUUAAAAAAAAAAGUUGUUCUUCUCUA